AUGACAACUCAGAGGCCGAGUCUUUCAAGAACACCGAUUCCAUCCACCCAGAAUGCUAAUUCCAUUACUUCUGAUCCAGUUGUAUCAUCUGAAGAUUUUCUAAAACGUUUAAGAGAAUUUCAUAGAUGCAGAGGCACAUUGUUUCGUUUUUUGCCUACUAUUGCGGGUGUCGUUGUUGAUUUACAAUCACUUUAUCAAGCAGUUGUAUCAAAUGGAGGAUGGGAAAAAGUCAAUGAUAAACAGUUAUGGUCGAUUAUAGCUAAACAGUUUAAUAUCGAAACAUCUUGUUUAAAUGGGACGCAAGCAUUAAAAAAUAUUUAUAUACGGUAUUUGUAUGUGUAUGAAAAGAUCAGUAAUGGUGAGAAUGUUGAUGCACAUGAUGAAGACGAUGAAGAUUCAAAACGGCGAACUGUGUCUCAUCUACAACGAGUACCACAUUCAUAUAACCAUCAACAACAUAAUGUCGCAGAUUCAGCUCGUGUACAACAGGGUUUAUUUCGUGAAUUUGUUAAACGUAGUGAAUAUGAAAAACUAGAAUUAUCUCUUUUAUCCGGCUUUCCGAACGAGCUCACAUUUACUUUGAAUACUCUUUUACUUUUAUCAUCGAAUGAUCAUCAGCAUCCGCAACAACAACGUUAUCCACAACUUCGAUUGUAUAAAUGUCCACGCAUCUUAGAUAUCCUGUUUCAUCAUAUGGGCUUAUUUCUAUCCGAAAAUUCGAAUUCUCAUUUACAAUUAUUGUACGAAAAUAUUUGGAGUAAACAUGUAAAUUAUCAUUUACGAUCGUAUUGGUUUCGAUAUUGUCCGAAAGAAAUUGUCACACAAAUUUUAGGCAAAGACGACAAAAAAUUAGCCGCAGUCACAAAUCCGUCCGAUGAAAAUGGUGAAAUUAUUUUGUAUAAUGGCUUCAAUGGAAACGCAUUUGAUGCGGACUUCGAUCAUGAUAUAUUUGAACAAAAUCAAGAAUUACGUGUUGAACAAAUUUUGAUGGUUAUUCGUAAUUUAUCAUUUGAUCGUGCCAACGCUCAGUAUCUAUUAGCUCAAACAAGAAAUAAUCAAAAAUUACAUAUGAUUUAUCAAUUUUUACUAUUGACAGCGUAUUGUGAACGAAAAGAAAUACAAAAAUAUGCCUUUGAUAUUAUAACAAAUCUAGCUCAAUUAAUUAAUCUUAAACAUUUAGAACAAAUAAAUGAAAAUAUACUCAAAUUAUUUAUAGAGUUAAUUCGUUCAAUGUUAUUUGAGAAUGAUGACCGUUUAAAAAUCAUUCGGUCAUUAGAAAUUAUUGGUAAUUUGACAUCGCAAGGCAUGUCCAAUGAAUUAUUCUUGUUGGAUUAUAUUGAUAUUAUUGUUAAGAAACUGAUUCAUAUUCCAGAUAUUCUCAUCUUAGUUCAUACUUUGGAAUGUUUAUAUCGACUAAGUGAAUUAGGUGAACAGGCAUGUAAUCAGAUGUUAAAAGUGGAUGUUAUUGUAACACUAAUUAAUCUUUUAACAAUCGAAGCAAAAAGUUUUAGUUCACAAACAAUAAAAACAAUAAAAAUUGUUGAAAUGUCAGCACAACCGGUGCUUAUGCCAUACCAACAACCAGUAUUAGCUACAAUGAAUGGAACAACUCAGCAUCAGGUGUCGAAUUCAACUAUUCUUGUUCAAACUACACAACCUCCGUCUACUCAACAACAACAACAACAACAACAACAGCAGCCUCAGACGGUCACGUAUGCUGUCGAAAAUACAGAAACAAAUAAAUCCUAUUAUGGAACAAAUAAUAAACUCAUUCUUCAGCAACAGCAACAAACACUAGCCAAACCUCCUCCUCCAACUUUACCGUUGCCAUCUUCGACAAUUAUUGGAGUCACAGCAUCUGGUAAUUUACUAUCAGGAAAUAACGUUUUUUAUCCACCAACUCAAAGUACAUCACUACCAAAUAAUGUUACUCAAGGGCAACAGCAACAGCAGACAACGAUCGUGAUUAAUAAUCUACAACAAAAGCAAUAUGUUGCCGAUGAAAGCGCAGAAAAGAAAAGGAAAUUGGACUCUAUAUCCGAAACAAUUGCAUCUGUUGUCAAUGGUUAUCCAUCUUCUCUGUCUCCAACAUUUCUUGACACUCAAACUCAACCAUCUCCGGCUAAAAAACGAUCUCGUUCUAAUCGUCAACGACGUAAAAGUAGUGCAAGUAGUAGCACAAUAAAUGGAAAUAUCAGUUCGAGUAAUAGUAACAGUAAUAUGAGUCAAUCACAGUCGUUCCAAUUUCAACAACCAAAACUUGAACCAUCUAGUGGUGGUGAUGAUAGUGAAAAUAGUUCAAGUAAUCACUCAUCGUUUUAUGGACAACAUAUUAUUGGACAAUCGCCGUUAGUUAACUCAUAUCAAAUAUCUCAGCAAAAACCUUCUGCGAAACCUCUAUCAACAACAAAUGAAUCCUUGUCAUUAGAAACAAAUGAUUUGCAAGCACCUACAACAAACAUCUUGUGUGAUCAGAUUUCGAGUAUAUUACCACCGGAAUUAUCCAUAUGUCAUAUAAAUGAUACUUCAACAACUCAAAUAGUUCACUCAAUUGUCUCAGACAUUAUCGAUCAGUGUAUACCUCUGACUGAUCAAGAAGUAGUUGAUAUUGUUAAAACAGUUUUAUCUGAUUUAUGUCAACGAAUUAGUGAACGACAGAUUAAUUAUAAUCAAAUACCGUCACCCGUUUUUAAACGAAAAAUGGAAACAGAUAAUAGUAGUGAGCAUAUUAAAUUGAAACGCACUAGAGCAUUGAAAGCCGUCAAAAAAUUAGAUCAAGAAUAUGAAACCAUGCCUCCACCUCUACCUGUUCAUGAUAUAAAUGGCUUACAACAAUCUGAAUCAAAGCCAAAGCAACGUACAAGAAAUCGUCGCCAAACAAUAAAAACUGAAAAUCACAUCACCUCCGUCACUGUUUAUAAAACAGAUGAACAACCACAUCAUCAAAUACAAACACCAAUUCUUCCUGUUUCCGCGCAGUCGAUCCUACCUACCACUAACAAUCUGGUUUUUGUUAAAAGCACAGCAUCCUUGCCAAAUGUACUUACUCCGACACCCGCUCAACCAUCAGUUUCAUUCCACCCACAGCAACAAUUAGUUCAACAGAAUGGUGGAAUAGAAUAUCAGUGCGAAUGGGAACAGUGUAGAAAAUUAUUUCCAUCUGCACGUAGUGUUUUUCAUCAUUGUUGUUCUCAACAUGUUAAAACUUGUACGGAUAAUGUUUGUCAAUGGCUUGGAUGUGAUCGAAUUAGAAGACAAAAAUGGGCACUUAUCAGUCACAUACAAGAACGCCAUUGUUCUGAAGCUGCAUUUCGACAUUCAUUUGCUAAGAAACAAAAACAACAAAUAACUACCACACCUACAACUGCCACUCCGCCACCGGUGGCAACAACUUCUACCACUGGAGGGCAGAUUGUAACCGGUUAUGCUCCAGAUGCGGCAUGGCUAGCAGUGCGAAGACAUAUGCAAAUACCAACGUUUGACGAAUUGCCCAAAAAUAAAGAAGGCCCAUUAACAAAAAGUAUAAGAUUAACAGCUGCAUUAAUUCUUAGAAAUAUUGCACAUUAUUCAGCCACAGGAAAACAAAAUCUUCGUCAGUAUGAACAUAUAAUAGCAAAUUUAGCAUUGGACCCAUGUGAAGCAUCAAAUGCAUUAACAUCUUGUCUGUGGGAAUUAUACAACUGA